GGGUCCUGUAGAAGCAGUACGCUCCUCAUAUAUAUAAAGUUUAGGUUUCAGCUCUAAUCAGCAAGUUAGCAAUACAGCUCUGUCUCUCUCUCUCCAAUCUCGUCGUCACGUUUCUGUGGUUCUGCGUCUCUCAGUGGGAGUGUUUCCUGUAAGUGCUCUUGGUCCCAUAUUUUGGAACGUAUCUGUGACAUAUCCUUAGAGAUGACAUGUAUGUGCAUACAGCAGAUUAAUGGUUGUGCUGGCUUGAGUUUUAAUACUGAAAAAUGAAGAAGAUGGCAAAGAAGAAAAACCCAUUGGUUUUUAUGGAUGUGUCCAUUGAUGGAGAUCCUGCUGAAAGAUUGGUUUUUGAGCUUUUCCCAGAUGUUGCUCCUAAGAUUGCAGAAAAUUUCCGUGCGCUUUGUACAGGAGAAAAGGGGAUUGGUCCUAAAACUGGAAGACCACUGCACUACAAAGGAUCCUUUUUCCAUCGCAUCAUCAGAGGUUCCUUCGCACAGGGUGGUGAUUUUGUUAAGCGAGAUGGUACCGGUGGAGAAAGCAUAUACGGGGAAGAGUUUCCAGAUGAGUCACCCAGCCUCAAGCAUGAUGGACCUGGUCUCUUAUCAAUGGCAAUUGCUGAUCGAGAUACUUUAGGUUCUCAUUUCAUUGUCACCUUCAAGGCCGAUCAUCAUCUUGACAGGAAGCACGUUGUCUUUGGGAAGCUUGUUCAUGGACAUGAAUUACUCACAAAAAUUGAAAACGUGGGUGAUGAAGAUGGGAGUCCAACAGUGACAGUUAAAAUCAUCAAUUGUGGAGAACUUAAUGACAACAAGAAAAAAGCAUAUAAAUUGAAAAUUGUGAAGGACACAUCUUUGGAUGCAAAUAAUCAUGAAGCACGGCGGAAGGGAAAACACAAGAAAUCAUCUAGAGAUAGAAGGAAAAGGAGAAGAAGAUACUAUUCAUCUGAAUCUGAGAGUUCCUCAGAUACUGAUUUGGAAACAUCUGAAUCUGAUAGUGAUUCAGACUUGGAUUCGUCCUCAUUAUCUGACACUAGUUAUUCAAGUGAUGAAAGGCGUAAGAAGAGAAAGAGAUCUUCUAAAAGAGACAAAUACAGACGGGGAAAAAGAAGGGAUAAACGACGUGACAAAAGGCGAAAGAGGCGUGAUAAAAGAUCCAAGCGCAGAUCAAAAAGAGCGUCAGAUGGUUCUACGGAUACUGAAAGUGAAAGUGAAAGUGGCUCUGAUAGUGAUGACCUGGAUGUUCCUGGAAAAGAUCAGAAGCGGAAAGACCGUUCUCAGAAUACUGCUCCAGAACAGCUUCCCUUGGCCACGAAAGAAGUUGCUCCCAGUCGUCGCAAAAAGAGGGAUGAAGCCAUCUUGCUUGAAAAGGAAGAGGGAAAAUCCCCCAAGGAGAAUGGAGAGAAGAAAAGCAAUGGCAUCGAACAAGACGCUAAAUCUGACAGAAGCGAAGAUAGACAACCUGACGUAGUAGAUGAUCACCCUGGCAAAUCUAGGAGCCGAAGCAUAAGUCCUAAGAGGACCAUGAGUAAGAGUAUGAGCAUUAGUCCCAGGAGUCUGAGCAAGAGUCCAAGUGUUAGUCCAAAACGGAGGCUGAGCAGAAGCCUGAGUCGUAGUAGAAGCCCCCCACCUGCUCCUGGGAGGAGUAUCAGCAGGAGUCCUGCUAGAAGUCCUGUUAGAAGUGACAGCAGUCUGAGCCCAGUGAGAAGUGUCGGCCAAAGUCCUGCAAGGAGCUGGAAGGGGAGAAGUAUCAUUAGGAGCCCAGUGGGGCCCCGGUCUCGAAGAAGUGUUAGUGGAAGCCCUGUAAGGUCACUGGCAGGAAGGAGCCCAAGUAGGAGCCCACCAAGAACCUCAUCACGAAAAUCAAUUACUAGAAGCCCUGUAAGAGUUUCUAGAAGAAGCAUAAGUGGAAGCCCAGUCAGAUCUCCAAGAAGUACAAGCAGAAGCUCAGGUAGGGCCCCUUCUAGGAGAAUUAGCCGAAGUCCAAUGAGGGCUCCAAGCAGAAACAAUCGUCGCAGUUAUUCUAGGAGCCCUAGCCUCGCACGUAGAGCUAGGUCACCUCCUGACCGAGGAAGGAGUUUAUCAAGAAGUGUUUCCCCAGAUGGAUCACCCAAGCGCAUCAGAAGGAGAAGUGUUUCCCAAGAUGGAUCACCCAAGCGCGUCAGAAGGGGGCGUGGUUUUAGUGAUCGUUACUCUUAUGCACGACGAUACAGAACCCCCUCUGCUUCUCCUGUGAGAUCUUAUCGUUAUGGUGGUAGAGGUGAUCGUGAGAGAUUUUCAAGUUACAGAAGGUAUUCCCCUAGGCGUUUUCGAAGCCCACCACCAAGAGGAAGAACUCCUCCAAGAUACAGAAGCAGAAGAAGUAGGACCCGGUCUGCAUCACGGAGUCCACCCUACCGAAGUCGGCGUUACAGCCGCAGCCGUUCACCAGUUGAGCCAUAUAGAUCUCGUGCCUCUCCACGGGCUGAGAGGAGGCGAUCACCUUCUAGGAGCAGGAGCCCAUCAGAAUCAAGGUCAUCCUUGGACUCCCAAUCUCCUGGGCGGGCAAGCAAAGACAGGUCAAAGUCAUCAUCUGGAAGCCCGGAUGGGAAGAAGGGCCUGGUCUCUUAUGGAGAUGGUUCUCCUGAUUCUGGCCAACGGUGAAAAGCAUAGCAGUGGUGGUUCUCAAGGAGCUAAUGUUAUUUUUCAUAGACUGGAGGCUUGCAUUUUUAUGAUGGAACUUUAACUUCGGAUUUUCAAUGUUGUCAGAUAUUUUAGCUGCUAGUUAAAUAUUUAGCUUUAAUGCUCAUUUAGAAUGUUAUCAUUUGAGCCGACAUGUGUCGAGGAUGUUUGUUGAAUUAAGAAUAUUAUAUUUGCUGGAUCA